CUCGCCAGGCGCACUAUUCCUCAACCAAGAGACAUUGUUAUCCUUUAUUGUUGUUUGGCCACUGCCCCUUUCUCUGUUGGCUGGGAAAGUUAUCGCUCUAAUGUCGACUUCGACUCGGAUCGAUGUCGGUCCAUAUUCAGUUUGAUCAACCCGAAUCCAGAUGCUACACGAAUCUCGACUUCGUGACCGGGAGGGUUGUCCUAGUCCUUCCAUACGAUGCCGCGAUCACUGCUGUCACCGUCAAACUUGAGGGAGAGAGUCGUACCCGGCUCUCUGGACCGAAAUUUCCUGGCAAUGAGCGCUCAGAUAAGAGGAGGUACGAGUUAGAAGCACACAAGCUUUUGUACAAAGUUCUUACCGUUUUUCCCACGCCCGAGCUACAAGACAAGAGCACACCGUCCGCUUAUACCCUCCUGUCUGGACAAUAUGUGUACCCAUUCAGUUUCAAGUUCCCAUUCAAUAACGAUUGCCAAAGACGGCCUCCGACGGCAAUGAAAGACAUCAAACUCGGCCACCUGAAUGUUCAAUUUGCCCCGGAUUUGAACAAGCACGUAAAGAAAACCCUACCUCCGUCCUUGAGCGGCUUUCCAGGCGAGGCGGAGAUAAAAUACUAUGUCAAGGCGACUGUGGUUCGACCCAAGUUCUUUCAGGAGAACUUGCGAUCGGUAUUAUCAGCUGUUCUUGAGACUACAUUACUACUUUGCUGACACGUACAAGAUAUGCGAUAUUAAAUUCCUCCCCAUUGAACCCCCUCGACCUAAAGACCGGCAUGAAGAAACCUUUGCUCGGCGGAAGCGUCAAUUCCAGCCAUACCCUGCACCUUCUCAAAAGAAGGGACUUUUCAAGAAAUCAUCCACACCACAAUCUGCGGAAGAAGAACCGCCGGCAUUUCAGGUCGAUGCGCGACUACCGAACCCUGCCAUUCUCACAUGCAACGAACGGCUUCCGCUUCGAAUACUCAUUGAGAAGCUCAAUGACAGUUCGGCAAAUGUCUAUCUCAGUAUGCUGCAGAUUGAACUGAUCGGCUACACCAAUGUCAGGGCGCAUGACCUAGAGCGGACAGAGAGCGGAAGCUGGGUCUUGAUGUCACAAGCUAACAUGAAUAUGCCGUUGGGUAAUCCCACUGAUAAAAGCCGCAAGGAGUGGAAAUUGCCAUCCAGACUGUGGGACGACUAUCCUAUACCAAAUACUGUGUGUCCAACCUUCGAUACGUGCAAUAUCUCUCGCCGAUACGAGCUUGAAAUCCGAGUCGGUCUUGCUCACGAAAAUGCUGGUGGAAUGCGGCCAGAACUCAUCAUUCUCCCUCUGCGACUGCCUGUGAUGGUGUACUCAGGUAUUGCGCCUCCACCACAGCUGUUGCAAGCCAUGGCAAACAACCCACGACCGCAAGAAGCGCCUCCACCCGUGUUUCCUCGACCUCAUCAAAGUAAUGGAUCGCCUGUGCAAAAGCCAACACCGAGCGCUACACCAACAACUCCAGUGUCUGAAACACACUCUUUCCCCACCUCAGUAGGGUCAUACAGCCCUGAACAACACAACAACGUCCCUGACGAGGCUCCACCAAGUUAUGAAGAUGCCAUCGCAGAUGACAUAGCACCUGUCGACGGCCCCAGGCGAGAGUAUGAUGUGCCUUCCCAGCCUGGUCAGGAGCAUGUUUUCAACACCGAAAAGGGUGGACUUGGGCGACGGGUUAGUGAGAGGCUGUUCUCCAGUAAUAGUCCUGCGGCCCCUGCAAGGACCGUGUCUAUGCCAAAUGCUUUACAUUCUGUCCCGAUCACGGAAGACGAGGCUGAGAAUGUGACUGGAUCCCCAAUAGGUGAGGAUGCAAGGCGACCACCGUCGGGGAAAAGAACUUUGACUGGGACCAAAGAAUAAAAGGCCUGUUCGAUUACUGGUUGCAGCAAGCGAGGCGUUGGCAUGGGCUGCUACUUACCAUGAGAAGGAUUUUGGACCAAUGAUGGGUCUGAACAAAUAGAAAAAGUACUAUUUUGUACUCUCUGUACAAAUCCUCAUGAUGCAUGACACAGGGGCCCUCGUUGGUUUCUUCGUUAGACACUGGCAGGCACGUGACAUGACGUAUACCUCCAAGACUCGAAAUCUU